AAUAUCUAUCAAUCACUUAUCAUUCAUGCAUUUAAGUCAUCAAUCUCAUUCUUCAGUACAAAUUAUGCAGCAUUCCUUGUGGUUUGGGGAUUAUCUCAAAAGGCUCCAUUGAUAUAAUGCAAUGGAGGGCAUGUAUAGGGACCUUUAGAGUUACUUGUACCUACAGAAGCUGUCCUAAUUCUUUUGGUAAGAUGACCAAAUUAAAACCUGAUGUUAUUUUCCCACUGCAAAUUUUACUUUGUUUUUUAACAUAUAUUAAGGGAUUAACAUUCAUACUGAUAAUUCAAGAAAUGUGUUAUGUGCCUUUUCAUGCAUUGUCAUUUAUACUUUUUGUCUGUGCUGGGUGGAUUUUGCUUAGCAUUCCAAUUUUAUAUAUAUGGUCCAUUAUGCAGGCUCUCUACCAAGUGAGUCGACAUACUGUUAAGCCAAAAAGUAAACUAUUUCUCUGUAUAGGAACCUUGUUCAUGGUACCAGGGUUAGCAUCAUAUCUUCUGUUAUGUUCAAAUGUAAUAAUAAGAUUAAUUAUAAUUUUGGCUAACGACAUUGAAGUAAAUCCAGGGCCAAGAUACCAAGAAACUAAUAUAUUGUCCUGUAACAUAAAUGGUAAAAUUGCUGAUGGUGAAAAUAGUCCUAGGUUUGUAGAAUUGGGAUUAACAGCCAAAUUACAAAAUUGCCAAAUAAUCUCGGUCUGUGAAGCAGGGAAAAAUCUUGACUUAGACAAAUUAAUGAUUGAUGGCUUUCAUAAACCAUACCAACCUCAAAAUUUUCAAGGGAGAGGAAUUCUAAUGUAUGUGGACGAA